UGUGUGCGUGUGGGUAUGCGCUUCUUUUCCGUAGUUCUUGCUGUUCUUCGUUGUUUUGGUCUCCGGUUGGAGGUUGGAAGCUCAAUCCUAGUCCAAAACUUGCUGUUAAAAGUGAGAAAUUCUAAAUAUCUGUAAUAAAUUUCUAUAAAAAUCCCGAGGCAUUUUGUUCUGUAUGACUUUACCGGGUAUUUCAUACAUCCCGCUACAACACAUUUGUUUGCUUUGGUAUUAGUAUGGUAGAUGUGGGUGUUGUUCAUUAUUGGAAGAAGCAGGAGUAGUGUUGUGAUGCUUUCAUGCUGUGAAUUAGGAGUAUAGAUGUGGCAAGUUAACAGCGAUCUGAUUACUAUGGACAGCUUAUUCGAGAUGCUCUCUCGUGAAUAAUGCUUUGUUCAUGAUCAUCUAAAGUAACGCACCGGGAUCUUUUCAUCAAUGCCAAGCAUACACUACCAUUAACUAUGGAUCUGUCGGAGAGUUUAAAAGUUACCCUCAACAAGGCGCAUCCAGCACAGCAGCCGGGGAUCGGUGUUACCGGGGGCCCCGUUGGCAACCCUUCCUCCAGUGAACAAGGCGCUGGUUAUGUGACGGAGAAGCUGUACAUGCUGCUGCAGCUAUAUCUACAAAACAAAGGCUGGAGUCCGUCAGUGGAGCUGUUGCAAUGUUUCGCCGAGCUGAAGGAUACACCGAUUCUACCGAGUGCCGCUUACCUGCAGGUACUAGCCAGUCGCGUCGGACUGGACAACCAAGGGCGGUUGGUUUUGCGUGAGUCGGGAAAGAUAGUGCUACCGUAUGAACAUUUCGCCAAUGCCGUCAUGCUGAAGCAUAUGUCCGGACCGCAUGGGCUGCACCUAAGUAUCGAAGCAACGGUGCGGGCCGUCUUGGAAUCCUACACCAUUGGGCGCGACAAUUUCGGCAUGGAGAAAGAGUUCAUUGUGGAGGUGGUGCAGUCCUGCCCCAGUCCUGCCUGCCGCUACUACAAGGGACAGAUUGGGGUCGGACCGUUCAUUGAUCAGUCGUUCAAUCCUCCCUCGCACAUCAGCACCGAGUAUCUAACACAUCUGCAGCAAAUCGGCCCUAGCGGAGGGUCAAUGAGCGAUGCCGGUGCCUCUGACACCCUCGGAAAGGGCAUCAUGUCGCAAAUGAAGCUUCCCAAGCAGACCUCUUCUCCUCAACAUCAGCCCCACCCCAAUACAGCUCUUUUUCAGCAACAGCAGCAGCAGAACCGUAACAUAGCACAGAAAUCAUUUGAAAGUUUUGCCAAUUUUUCCAACGUAGAUAAGCAGCGAAUGCUGCAGUUGUUGGAUAAGCAGAAACACUUCGAAGCAUUUCAAUCCGGGCAUCCGGUCGCCCUAUCACAUACACAAGUACUGGUGGGUGCUGCCGGCACGAAGCCCCUCGGAACGGCAGUUGCUAAUAAACAGCAGCAACAGCAUGUAGCAGCGGCGGCCAAUCUUUUGCAACAGCAACAACAGCAGCAGCAACAACAGGAACAGCAACAGCAGUCACAGCAGCAGCAGCCACAGCCGCAGCAGCAGCAGCAACAACAGCAGCACCAGCAGCACCAGCAGCACCAGCAGCAAUCGCAGGAACAGCAUCACCAACAUCAGCAUCAACAGCAGCAGCAACAACAACAACAACAGCCGCAACCGCAGCAGUCACAGUCGGUUGCUGCAGUGACCGGUCUUUCAAUAUCAGCAACGCCUCACCAUCUGCUCCAACCGCAACAGCCACCUCAGCAACACGCGCACGUCACACUGCAGGCGGCUUGUAAUAUACAACAACAGAGCGUUAUGCCCAUUUUAAGCAAAGCGAAUCCACCAAACUCUAUUUCUCAAGUCCAGCAUCAUCAACAUCAGCACCAGCACCAGCAACAUCAACAGCUGUCAAUACAAGCGCACUUGAGCCAACCCCCGCUCCAAACGGUCAAUAUGGAUACCGGUCACAAGCUCUCCGAUUACAUGCGCGGCGCGGUCGAUCCGCACGAAAACAUUAGUCCAAGCAAAGAGCUGCUGGCACUCCACGGUGGUGCCUGGAACCAGGAGCGUGAUGGUAUCUUGCUAAGUCAGGAGAAAAUCAUUCGCGCAUUCAAUGAGCUGAUGCGGAAUAUCUCAAAGAUGAAAACAUUCAUACGGCCUAGUAUGUGCAAACCGUACGGCAAACAGUCGGAGAGUUUGCAGAAAACUCUAUUCGAUACGAUACAGCUGCUACAAAUGCUGCGCAACUGCCUACCGGCGCCACAUAUUCCUGUUUCGUCAUGGAAAGGCGAAUCAACCAUCCUCGGUGCUGGUGUAAGCACGGAGGCGACCAUGAACUAAAUUAUUACCGCCGAACCAACAAACCAAAGAAAGCCAGCUAAGAGAAAUAAUGCAUUGGCCAACCGGUCAACCUAUCCAGUUGAUCGAAUACUUCUUGCGGCAAUCGGUAUUUUUAAAUUUUAGCUUUGCAUUUCCACCAAUUGUCGUGGAAAUCUCUUUGUUUGAAUGAUUGACUGGAUCAAUGAGCACUCGAUCGAAAAACUAUCGCACUAUAGAAAGUUGCCAUACUACUUCCUCAUAUGAACAUACUAGCAAUUGCGUUUUAAUCUUCCUAGUCACUGACACAAUUAUAAUUAAUGUUAGAAUUAAAGAAAAAAAGGGAACGCCCAAAAUAGGCGACUGUUGGUGAGAUAAUACAAACGGUUGAUAACCUGUUUGUUUUAAGACUAGUCAGUCGUAAAUCAGGCGCAUACAAUUCCUCCUAGUCGCGCGAGUUUGUGCGACAAGCAUUAGGAACGACUCGCACAAGGAUGGUUGAACGGCUCACGUACUGUGAUUAAAAUUUAAUUAACACGAAAGCUUCCAGAUAUCAAUACCACCAAAUCCAUGCGCAACUACUCCUUUUCAUCAUUCUUCCAUUUCCUUCGCCUACUCUGGUAUCGCUUGGAUUUGUAUUUGCAGCAUAGAUGCUGUAAUGCCAUAUUAACCCUAAUAGGUGUUCGGUGUUAGCGAGAAACAAGAGCGACCGUCCUUAGGCUCCAUUAUUAGUACAUUUUUUUUCAAAUAGCUACAAUUAAAUUCACAAUCAAAUGUUCAAAGCACAAACACGUAAAUUAUCGAAUAUGAGAUAGUUUGAUAAAUAAUAUAAACAGUAUUGCAUCUCUAGGAUUGAUCUCUCCAACGAUUAUGCGAUCGAGCGAGUGUCAGCCACGGUGUCUGGCGGUCGAGAGGCAUUUUGAAAUACCGAUUUUGUAUUUCGCCACACAGGGCACCAAUCUUUGAUAGGUUCCAGCCCACACGACGCGUUGAUCGACUAUAGUUUAUUCGAUGUUUUAUUUAACACUUCCUUCUCAUAUUAGUUAUUUAAUGUCAAUAUCCAUGAUUUUAAUUGUUACAAUCUCUUUCUACGUGCAAUAUUUUUAAAUAAUCUUCUUGGAUAAACUUGCUCAUGUCUAAUCGCAAUAAAUAACAAACCAACUGAAUCUAUUCU